AAUUAAUCCUUAAGCAUAACCUUGAAGAAAGCAUGAGUCUGUUCAAAAUAAUUGCUUGGAUAGCCUUUGUCACAACAGCUAUUUCUCACAUGCAAUGUGUAAAAAAUGCCAACCUUUGGAAAAGUAUUCAAUAUCAACUCAAGUUGGUUGAAAGUUCUGAGGGAAGAUGUGACUGUGGAUCCCAAGAUUUGAACAGUCAUAAAAUGGUUGGGUUUCUAGUCAGAAGUUCCAAGCACAUACAAAAUUUCAACGGAGUAGUAGUCUAUGAUACAGUCAUCACUAAUACGGGCAGUAGUUACAAUCCUUCUAAUGGAAACUUUAUCGCCCACUAUGAAGGUCUAUAUUUCAUUUCAUGGACAACACUUACGGAGCCUAACAAUUACUUCAUUACUGAUUUGAUACACAAUAGUAAACAAAUUGUGAGCAAUCACGCUUCAGCCAGAGGAGUAUCAACAGAGUAUAUGACAGCUACACAAAGUGUUGUACUUCAAUUAGCAGCAAAGGAUGAAGUCUUCAUAAAAUCACGUGGGACCCAAAAAUCUUUGUAUGGUCAAGGUUAUUCUACAUUCACUGGUUUCAAAAUCUAACAGUAUUAAAAUUGUUGAAUAAACAUAAAUGCAAUUAA